AUGCUGAAAUCAUCUCCGAUUCUCAGAAAUUCAAUUUUUCACUUCUCAUUUUCUGCCUUCUCCUGUGUUCCCCUCAUUGGUCUAGAGAUUCACGCACAACUCACGAGUUCUCGCUCCAAAGCCUUCUCUCCUGUCCAAUACGCCUUUGCUGCACCACCGAAUACACAAGUUCAUCAUUUUGAUGCUGCCUUACCCGGUUCUUUGCCUAUUCUGAAUCAAAAUUGUUUUGAAUGGGCAAUAAUUGCAGGUUUGGGAUUGAAUUGUCAUAUCAAUCUAAUUUCUAAAUUUGAUCGUAAACAUUACUUCUACGCGGACUCGCCAGCGGGUUUUCAAAUCACUCAACAUGACUUUCCAGUUGCUGAAAAUGGCUGGUUAGAAUAUAUCUGGAAAGCGCCGGAGUUAAAGUCCAUACCUCAGGUCAGCAAAGCGAAAAUCCGUCGAAUUCAACUUGAACAGGAUACUGGAAAAAGUCUGCAUGAUGAGAAGUCCUCUCGAAGUCUAAUUGAUCUUAACAGAGCUGGUGUAGCACUAAUUGAAAUAGUGACAGAUCCGGUUUUCACCAUGAGUUGUCAGGCAGCAGCAUUUGUAGAUGAAUUAGCCUCUCUACUGCGGCAUUUACGGGUCUGUUCGUCAAAUAUGUCUACAGGCGAAAUGAGAGUUGAUGUCAAUGUCUCUAUAGGCCCUUCUGUCUCUCAACAAGGACCAGUUGUGGAGAUCAAAAAUGUCAAUAGCCUUCGUGCCAUUCGCCAUGCUAUUGAUUAUGAGAUCCAUCGUCAACGAAAAAUCUGUCAAUCAGGUGGAAAAGUAAUCAAUGAGACGCGUUCUUUUGAUGUUAAGACUGUAUCAAUGAGGGAUAAGGAAGUCCUUCAAGACUAUCGUUUUUUGCCAGAACCCAACCUGCCACCUGUUCGG